UCUUAAAAUGAGAGCGUAGGGGUCAUGUGGUUCUUUCCUCUUUGAGCAGGAAGAUGAAGAAGCACUGUGUGCUGGUCGGAGCCCUGUCUGUGGCCCUGCUGGGGCUCAUCUUAUUCUUGGGGCUCUUCUUCGGGCUGCGCCGUGACUCAUGGGACAUGCAUAUCUACAAGAGGGCAGCUGUGGCUACAGAUGCGGGGCAGUGCUCAAUAAUUGGAAGGGACAUCCUUCAGCAAGGAGGAUCAGCAGUGGAUGCAGCAAUUGCAGCUCUGCUCUGUGUAGGACUCAUGAAUGCUCACAGCAUGGGCAUUGGAGGGGGCCUCUUCUUUACCAUCUACAGCAGCACAGGGAAAGUGGAAAUCAUUAAUGCAAGAGAGGUGGCUCCAAAAAAAGCAACGUCAGACAUGUUUGGGAACAACACAGAGAUCUCUCAGAAAGGAGGACUGUCCAUUGCAGUUCCAGGAGAAAUUCGUGGCUAUGAAUUGGCUCACAAACGUCAUGGCAAAUUAGCAUGGAAAGAUCUGUUUCUGCCCAGCAUCAAGUUGGCAAGAGAAGGGUUCCCAGUUGGGAAAGGCCUUGGAGCAGCCCUCAAAUCAAAAAAGAAGUCAAUUGAAAGCAAUCCUUCACUGUGUGAAGUGUUCUGCAGAGGAGGAAAAAUUCUGCAUGAGGGCGAUGUCAUCAAGAUGCCUAAACUAGCCAAUACGUAUGAGACUAUAGCCAACGAGGGAGCAGAUGCCUUUUACACAGGAACACUGGCAAAACAGAUCAUCGCUGACAUCAAGAGUGUAGGGGGCAUUGUCACGAUGGAGGACCUGCGGGAUUAUAACGCAACAGUGAUUGAAAACCCUAUAAACAUCACCCUGGGGGAGUUUACCCUCUACACGCCCAGUGCCCCCCUGAGUGGCCCAGUGCUAGCACUCAUUUUCAACAUACUGAAAGGAUAUAAUUUCUCUGUUGACAGCAUCAAAACCCUGGAGGAGAAAGGUCUGACUUACCACCGCAUUGUGGAGGCCUUUCGCUUUGCCUACGCCAAGAGGACUUUACUAGGAGAUCCAAAAUUUAUUAACAUCGAAGAGGCGAUCAAAAAUAUGACAUCUGAGUUCUAUGCGGAUAGUCUCCGGAGAAAAAUCACAGACAUCUCCCAUCCAAUUGACUACUACGAGCCAGUGUAUCACACUGCAGCCGAUGCUGGUACAUCCCACCUCUCCGUUGUGGCCGAUGAUGGCAGCGCUGUGUCCGCCACCAGCACCAUCAACCAAUACUUUGGCUCCAAUAUACGAUCCAACGUGAGUGGAAUCAUAUUUAAUGAUGAGAUGGAUGACUUCAGCUCACCUAACAUAAUCAAUGGAUUUGGGAUCCCUCCUUCUCCAGCAAACUUCAUAGCACCAGGUAAACAGCCAUUGUCCUCCAUGUGCCCCUCUAUCGUGGUGGAUAAAACGAAACAGGUCAGAAUGGUGGUUGGUGCUUCUGGAGGAACAAAAAUAACCACAGCCACGGCACUGGCGAUCAUCAAUUCCCUCUGGUUUGGUUAUGAUGUCAAGAAAGCAGUGGAAGAGCCCAGAAUUCAUGAUCAGCUGUUUCCCAGUAUCACUGAGCUGGAGCAGGAAAUAGAGGAGGGUAUAGAAGAAGAACUAAAGAAGAGAAGACAUAAUACCACAUGGAUGAGCAGCAGUGCGAUUGUGCAGGCCGUUCUCAGAACAGCUGAUGGAUGGGCUGCAGCCUCUGAUUCCCGGAAAGGUGGCUUCCCUGCAGGCUACUGA